GUGUUCCAUAAGUAUGGGCAGAUAACUCGCAUUGAGUAAUACAAUAUGUUAUCAACUUUCAUCUAUCGAUAAUUAAUUAACCAUGAGUAGUUGGUCUUUGCCCUUUAUUUGUUUCUACAACUUAUGUGUCUUUUAUUGAAUUUCAUUCGCAUGGGCGUUUACCAAGGUUCAGUGCAAUCGGACGGCAUUGUUUGUAAACAAAGACAGUAACGUUACAGUUCUGAUAUGAGCUGAAUCGCUCACUUGCAAUGGCAUGUAGCUGUGAACAUUCAAUAGUGAUGAAUAUAUCAUCAUUUAGUCCGUUUUGUGGUCAGAUUAAAUAUACAUUACGAAAUAUGCCGUAGCAGGAAGGGCAUGACCUUGCUGGUAAAAUGGAUUUAGGAUGUAACAUGGAGUUCAAUUUCCCCGAACCAGGCCAGUUAAAUGAUUCAGUUUUUGGAGGAGGUAACUCCAGCAUUGCUGACAAAUUGGACCUUGGGACAGGGCAACUUUUGGAUACUGUUUCUGGAACGAAUCAGUGUGUUGGUCACCAUGACAAUGCAGAUAAACAUCUCUCCGCCUCAGAUUUUCAUCUUGAUCUUGGUCCUGCAAAUGAUUUGGUCACAACCUCAGAUUUUCCUCUGGUUAACCCAGUUACAGACAUGGGAACUGAUGCAGUGGAGGAUUGUAGUGAGGGAUACAGCAUCGUGAAUGCUGCUUUGGAAGGAGGAGGUAUGUUACCCAAACAACCUAUUCCUACAUCAAAUACCUUAAACUUGGGAAAUGUGACAAAUAUACAACCUAUUCAGCUCAAUCAAGCCAACUUGCUGGGAAUGCCAGCUAUACAGGUGAUCCCAAUAGAAAACAUGCAAUUAUUGUCCUCUAUAAAAUCACUGGGACAUUGUCAAAACCUCCAGUCAUCUUCUGCGAAUCAAAUUCAACAGCAAAACUCUAACUCUUCUCAAAUGAUACACAGCAAUUCUCCAGCCGCAGUGUUGCUGGGAAAUGUUCUCUUGUUGCAAUCUUUACCCAGCCAAAUAAACCAGAGUAGUAUUACAUACUCUAGCAUUUCCUCUCAUACCCAACAAGGUAUCACUACUCCAAAUCAGAUCUUGCAGAUUUCUAGUGACCAAAACACAGCUGUGUCCAUUCAAAGCACAUUAACUGCCAAUUCAUCUUGUGGGAAAGUGAACACUGAGAUAUUGGAUGAAGGCAUGACCAUCAAAACUCUCUUGCAAAAAAGUAACAGACAUGCAUGCAUGCAGAUCAGGAGGCAGGAAUCCUCAAAUUUUCAAGAUAGCAUGGAUGGAAUUCAACAGCAAGUUUUGUCUACUCAUCAACAUCAAAGAAAACCUUUGAAAGUAUACAUGGACAAACAGACUGACACAGAAUCUCUAAUACAAUCAAAAGAACCUUCGGACAACCAGAGGAACACCAAGAUACUGGUGUAUGGCAAAAACAUUGCUCUGACAUUUGACUGUCGGAAUCAGAACUUUGUAAUGGAGUCCCUUACAAAAGCCAUGAAAGGGAAUACUAGUCCGUGUAACAAAGAAGUCAGCAUUGAAAUAGGAAAGCCAUCUAAUGUAGAUGCAGAUGUAGAUAAGAAAGUUAUGGAGGGUAACAGUAAGUCAAGGGAGGUCAAGUAUGUGUCCAUUUUGAAUCCCCCUGCUCCAAAGAAAGUCAAGACCGAGUCUUCGGUUGUGCUUAUUGCGAAAAGUCCAGACAAAGACACGGAAGGCAAAGAACAACAGACCAGAAAAUCUCUGUCAGCAUCGAUAGAAAACAUGUCUAACUCAAAGGAAAUUCAAAUUGAGAAAGAUGCUAUCUUAACUGAGUGUGACGGUCAGCUGUCCCACCAAACAGGUGGCGGAGAAUCUGGAGGAGAAAAUGCGGACAAGAUGGCGGUUCUGUCAGUGGUGAAGAGGGACCAGAAGUGUGAGGAGGUGGAGCCAGAAGACGAGGACCACGUGUACAAAUGUGACCUGUGUAGUGCUUCCUUCAGCAGGGUGGGGAACUACACCCGACAUAGAAUGAUCCACACAGUCAAUACACAGGACAACUAUAGAUACAAGUGUAGUGAGUGUGGCAGACUCUUUCUACAGCGCUGUGAUAUGAAAAGACACAUGUUGAUACACACAAAGCAAGAGCCACACAGGUGUACAGUCUGUGACAAAGGUUACAUUAGAAAGAGUGAUUUAGUGGUUCACAUGAGAUUCCACUCUAAGGAGAGAGCCUACAAAUGCAACCACUGUGAAAAGCAGUUCUUUCAAUCAGGUGACCUUAACCGCCAUGUAAGGAAUGUUCACCUGUUGGCCCCUCUUCUGAAGUGUGGCCACUGUAACAGACAGUUUGUGAAGGAGUCCACAUUGAUCCGACACAUGCAGACCACUCACAAAGACAUCAUCAUCAAGUCACUGCGGGAUAAGCUGGAUAAAACACCCUCUGACAAACAGUCAUCAGCAAACUUGGCUACAAGUACAGUACCAAGGACUGGUCAUACAAAUUCUGGAGUGCACCAGGAGAACCAAACAAAGGGGAACCAGACAAGCACUUCCUGCUGAAGAAACUCUUCAGAGUUAUCCAUCUUAGUAUCGGUUAAAUUUCCACAAAAUACUUUAAUUCAUGAAAUAAAAUUUGGCAUUCAGGGAGAUAUAUAGAAUACUAACUGACACUUGUCUCAGUUUGAUAGAUUUCUGUGAUAUUAGUGAUGUGUAUUCAGGAUGUGCAUGCUUUACAUGGGUUUUAUUAAUUAUUUGAUCGUUGUGAUGAUUGAAAAGAAAACAUGUACAUUAAAAGAGUUGAAUGGUUGUUUUUUGCAAUUUUUGGACAGUUUUAAUCAUUGUUUACCAAAAAAAAUUCAUAUCUUAAUUAAGAUUUUUAAGGUAGAUCUGAUAGGUAAUUUGUUGACCGCUCAGCCUCCUGUAGUUUAUACUUCUAAAAUGAAAGCAAAAUUUAUGUUUCUGUAUUCUGUAAAAUGGCACUUGGUUAAUAUUUAUCAACAAAAAUAUCAAUUUUUUUCUUACAAAAAUGUGACAAAGGUUGCAUGGAAUCUUUAAGAAAAAUGAAUAUUGUUAUGGAGUGAUGAAUACAGUUGUUUUUAAGAAAAAUGUACAUGUAAUUUGUUGUCAAAUUUUUGGCUUAAUUCAUUUUGUUGUUUUGUGUUUAUAUUUAUGGUAUCCAAGAUUAGAUAUACUUGGUAUUUUACAAGCAUAUUUUUGUUUAGUAGUUUUUUAAACUAUUUUUUUUCUUCAAAGAUCUCAGUGUUUAAAAGCUUCGUAUGUUAAAACAGCUUGAUCUACAUAACAAUUCUUGUCUUUCGCUUGAUUUGCCAAAAAAACGGGUUUUUUUUGGCCUAACUGUCUUGAUUUUGAUAUCUAUAUGAAUAAUUUAUGCGUUAACAUUUCUGUUGGAACAUCGCUCUCUCUCUUUAUUACAUUAGUUCACUUUAGAGGGCCAAGGCCAAUUUUAGACUAUAUUGAUCUCCUUUAGAACAAGAGCUCCAUGUAAAUAUAAAUAUAUAGAAAAUACCCAUUUUUUGAUGGUUAAUUUGUUGACCAUUCAGCCCCUGUAAGAGCAAGUACACUUAUUGCAACCUUUACUAAGGUACGUGGUAUGCGACAUCAAUCGAUAUUAAUGUGGGUUAAAGUACAUUGUUAUCAAAAUACUUUCACCGGUUCGGAAUUUUCAAAUAUUAAAAUAUUUAACCAAAAAAUACAUUUUUUUUAAAAUUUCUGGAAAAGUUAAAAUUUUAAAAUCGUCAGUGAGAUUCAAACUCAUAUGACCAACAGAUUCGUAGUGAACCCUUUAACCAACAUUGCUUUUUCUGUAGCAUUCAAUAUGCAAGAAACAUAACAUCACAAGUUGAACAUUUUGUAAACUUUGACUCAAACUCUUAAUCAUGCUUAUUAAGUCAUGGGAAUUUUAUUAUAAUUUUUUUAAAUUUCAUAAAAUGUUUUCUUGCAUUUCUGGAAAUAUGGGUAUUCUUAUUAUCUUUGUCUUAAUUAAUCUAUGCCUUGCUUAUAAUGAAUUGUUGGCAUUUUAUCUGAUUUUUGCUGUUUCAUGUAUUCACUGUACAUGAUAGUAUAUAUUGCAUGGGAUUUUUCCCUCUGACAGUGCUUUUGUUUGGCUGCAAAACUAUUUGUAUAUUUAGGGUUGUGCAAUAUUUUAUUUUGAUUAUUUUAUCUUUAUGCAUUAUUUAAGGCAUUCUUACAAGUGAAAUAAAAUUCAGUCAAUUACAUAUACAUCUAUUUGUGUUUUGUUUGAUGCUCCUUGACAAUUUCAAGUAGAAUAUUUUGAGUCUUCAAUUUACAAAUUCACAUUGAGAAACUUAAAUACGUGUAUUUUUCAAUAAAUAAGUAAAGAGUCCAAGUAAAUAAGUAAAGUCGAAAUAUUCCAUCGAAUAGUAUUUAAUUUUUUCUUUAUGAAUUUCAAACCUUGCAUCUUUCAGUGGUUGCUCUUAAAUUUGACUCCGAACACUGCUUACAGAAGAGAGGACUACCGGUAUGUUAAAAGGUCCAAUUGCAGCGGUUAACUUAAAUU